AUGGAACGCUCCAGUCUUCUUUCGUCCAAGCAUUGCAGACUCACAUUGAAACAAGAGAGGUGUAUAUGUAAAGGAGCAACCGAAGUGCUAGAAGGUGCCACAUAUCAGUCAGAAAUUGGUCUUCAGAAUGAUGUUGAUGUGGAAACAAUACCGGACGCUGUACCACGUGGUGAUUUUAAGCCCCUGAAACUUCAAAACUCGAUGCCAACAUUUGUUGUAUUAGACUUGGAGACUACAGAUCUUAUACGAAGUGGGAAAAUGCCUCAUUUGACCCAGAUUGCUGCCAGAGAAGUAAAUAGUGGUAGUGAGUUUUCAACUUAUGUUACACCGAAGCUACCUAUAUCAGAAGGAGCACAGCAGACCACUGGUAUUAGAAUGGCAGAUAAUAAUGUAAUGUAUGUUUCCGGAACUAUAGUAGAAACUGUAAACAUUCAAUGUGCUGUUGAAAAUUUCAUAAAGUGGCUAAAAAGUAUAACAGAGUAGUGUUGGUGGCACACAACGGGCGGAGGUUUGAUUUUUCAGUUCUUGUUGCUGCAGUUUCUAAUGUGAAUAAGUUGGAAGAAAUUUUAGCAACUGUUGUAGGUUGUUUGGAUACAUUACCAUUGUUUCGUAAGACCUAUUGUGACAGAAGUAGUUACAAGCAGGGAGAUCUUGUACAGGACAUUCUCGGAAUACAGUAUAAUGCCCAUGACGCUCUUGAAGAUGUGCGCGCCUUAGUGAAAUUGUUCCAACAUUGUUGUGCCUUAGUAAAUGAUAUGAUAAAGUUCACUUUUUCUCUAAAUGCAGUGUAUCACCAAUGUCUGUCAUCGAAGGAAAAGGCAAAGAAUUUACCGUCAUUGUCAUGUCUUAUUGCAAGUAGUGUUUGUAAACUUCCUACAGCUGAAAAUAUCGCGUCUUCAGGGUUAAACCUGGAGCAUCUAAGGAAAAUCUUUAUACGUGAUGGUGAAGAUGGACUACACAGUACAUUCACGAUGAAAAACAGUGAAGGCCAACCACAUGUAACAAACACAAAAAGGACACUUGAGACUGUCAUUCCUAAACUGGCUGAUUUCUUACAAAAAAACAGUUAAAAUUUGUUUUACUGAUAAUUGAGCCGUGUCAUGACAAAACCAACACAUUGCGUUUGCGACCAGCAAGGAUCCAGACCAGCCUGCGCAUUCACGCAGUCUGAUCAAGAUCCAUGAUGUUCGCUAUCAGUUUCUCUUCUUGUAUUAGAGUUAGUAAGCGCACAGCAUGGGUCCUGAUCAGACUGCGCGGAUGCGCAGGCUGGUCUGGAUCCAUGCUUGUCGCAAACGCAUUGUGUUGGUUUUGUCAUGACACGGCUCAUAUAUACUGUUGGAUUUCCAAAUGCCAUAUGUUAUAUUGUACUGAAGAUAUGUUUCAGCAAUUUUCUAUUGCAGGAAAGCAGUUUAUUUCAAGUAUUUUCACUCAAGGCCAUAUUGACAUGUUUUCAUUGAAAUUUAGAAUUACUUACAUUUUUAACUUUAGUCACAGAAUCAAAACCAAAAUGUUACAUUGUUAAUACAUUUUUAUUUUUUGGUAUCUGCAGCACACAUUAAAAAACAUAACAUAUGAUCAAUAGUAGGAUAUUUUUCUUUGUAAGUAUUAUCUUUGUGAACAUUUUAGUGCUUGGUGUGGAUAAAUAGUUCUUGGUCACUAUUUGAUUUUCUAGCUCCCGACCACAUGUAUGUAUACAAGAUUUUGAAGAAAACAAAUGAUUUUAUUGUUGACAGAAGGUACCUUUUCUAUUGAUAUAAGUGUUUUUAUUGCAUUGCAAGUCUUGUAUUGUUUCUAAGCAGAAGCUGAAGCAUUUUUUAAUAGUUUGAAACAAAGAAAGAAUAAAUAAUGAAAUUUGA